AUGUACGAGGCGUACUCGCCAAAUGAGGUUGCCAUGAAGCUGCCUUUGGAAGUCACAUCACUAACUUGUCAAGGUUCCACAGGAAAUGUUUUUGCGGGUAGCAAAGUUGGUCAACUCUUCGUAUAUAGCCCCAGACGUGCCAAUCGUCGUGGUUUUGACCUGGAUAACCUGUGUAAACAAUUCGAAAGGAAAGCUGUAUUGGAUCUUACAGUUUGUGAGGAGCAAGAUGUGUUGUUUUGUGUAUCCGACGGCCAAAUGGCGGCGCAUUCUUUGAAAGAUCGACACUAUCCUGUUAUUUCAAUACUUCACAAAAUAAAACCAGUCCAUUGUUUUACAGUUUGGUAUCGCAAGGACAGAGAUAUGGUGCAUAUAUUUAUUUCAAUGAAGAAAAGGCUUUACUUGUUCAAAUGGUAUGAUAAUGACUUCCAUGAAAUUCGUUUUGAUUAUAACCAGUCGUUUACCGACAAACCCAACACAUUGAGAGUUGUAAAUGAUACGUUGCUAAUGAGUUGUGGCAGAGAAUAUUUGCUGGUGAAUCUUAAGGACAAUAGCAACAAUGAUGAAGAGUACUGGGUAGCUGAGUGUCGUCGCCUUUUUGACUUCAACGACAAUCCUCUAAUUGUGGAAAUGCGGGAUCGCGAACUUGUUGGAUUUGUUCGUAGUGAUACGUUAGUCUUGACCGAUGUUGAAGGACACAAAACCACCUUGCCUGAUGUACGAUUCAGCGAUGUGUUGUCUGAUAUUGUGUAUGAUUCGCCAUACGUAGUGGCGUUGCUUCCUAAAGGGCGAGUUGAAGUACGUUCUCUGAAUCCGUCUUACCUUAUCCAGAGCAUGGCGCUUAGUAAAGCAAUAUUGUUGUGUGGAGGAAAUCCAGGCUAUGUCUACGUUAGUAGCCCCUCUGAUGUAUGGAUGUUAGAUGCCCAUGCAAAUAUCAGAAAGAAUGUCUCUCUCUUAAUUGCUGACAAGCAGUUUGACCUGGCCAUUCAGAUUGUGGAAAUGUCGAAUUUCUUCACUGAAGAGAAUAAGAUUGAAAUUAAACGACAGGCAGCUUUCAACUUGUUCCACAGGAAGAAAUUCGAAGAGUCGUUCCAGUUGUAUGCAGACAUAAAAACUGAUGUCAUCACGAUCAUCCAAAUGUUUCCCGAGUUCUUGCCGGAGAAAUUACAAAAGGAUGCUGCAGCCUUUGACCUACCGGCAAAUGACAAGAAACGUGCACUUCUAGCACUGGGAAACUAUCUUUCUGCUGUGCGUGCAGAUCUCUCCAAACAGCUGGAUCAAUAUAAUCGAGAAAGAUUUCAAAGUCAGUCAAGCUUGAGUCCAGAACACCUAAAAAGUCUUCAUAUUUCGCUACAAGUCGUUGAUACAGCACUACUGAAGUGCUAUUUGCAGACAAGACCAUCACUUGUGGAUUCAUUGCUCCGAUUGCACAACAAUUCAUGCUUUUUUGAGGAUGCAGAAUCAAUACUCAAGUCGGAAAAUAGACUUCCGUCUUUGUUUAUACUGUAUGAAUCAAGGAAGAAGCAUGAAAUGGCUCUUGAACUGCUCCGAAGUCAGUCCCAAGAUCCUGAUUCGGAUCCUUUUUUUCAUGGUCUCGAGAAAAUCGUCGCUUACCUCCAAACCUUGGGUAAUACUCAUCUAGAACUCAUUUUCAAGUACACUCGUUGGGUGUUGGAUAAAGACGUCACGGCUGGCCUAGAAGUAUUCAUCGGAGAAGAAUCCGAUCUGGCUCGGAACCUUGAUCGACAAGCAGUGCUCACCUUUCUCCGGUCACAUUGUGUUGCCUCCGUGAUCCCAUUUCUGGAGCACAUAAUCUACAAAUGGGAUGAGACGCGCCCACAAUUCCAUGAAGCACUUGCGGAACAUUACAUAAUUGAGGUGAAACUGCUUUAUAAAGACUACGUUCAGGCUUUUCCCGACGAUGAAAACAUCAUACGGGCCGGAGAUGAGGACGGUGAGCUGGGAAGAAUGAGGCGACGACUGUUGAAGUUCUUGCAGUUUUCGCUUUAUUACAGUCCGCAGGCUGUGAUUUUACAGCUUAGUGGUUGCGCUUUUUAUGAAGAAAGAGCUCUGGUUCUUGGACGAUUGAAGCAUCACGAGAAGGCUCUCGCCAUCUACACCUCCAUUUUAAAUGAUUUCGAUGCGGCUGAAGAGUACUGUCGUAUUUACUAUGACCAAAACGAUGAGGAUAACUCGCAGGUUUAUCUACUUCUUUUUCGCGCUUUUGUUUCCCCUUCGGAUCCGAUGAUAGCGGGACUUCUCGAAAAAGAUCUUCCCACUCCAGAACCAGACAUUCACAGUGCUAUUCGAGUGUUGAGCAGACAUGCAGACAAGAUAGAUACGGUGUCUGCGCUCACACUUAUUCCGGAUGACACUCCUCUUCGAACAUUGUCAAAAGCUCUGCACGCUGUUCUCCAGGCCACACACGAUGACGCCAACGCUUUCGCUCUACGUCGAUCCGUCUGCCUCUGUGGUGUUGAAUCUCACGAAGAACGACUGCGUCACGUGCUUAGUCAGCGCAUCGUGAUUGGAAAUUCAAGCGAGUGCUCAAAAUGUGGCAAAAAGAUCGGCAACAGCGCAUUUGUCCGAAAUGGAACAACGUCACGCGGCGUUGCUUCUGAAUUUUAUCGGCAUUCACAGAACCAGUCAGUACAUUUUUGUGACAGGAUCAAGUGUCGAAACCGAAUUAAACAAUGCUUUCCCUCCCAGAAUAAGAGGGGAUACGAGGAAGCGGGUGUGAGAGUGGGAAGAAGGACGCUCAAAGAAGUUGAUGUUUGGUUAGGGCAUCGCCAUGUGAGGACACACUUUGCCCCGAACCGAGGCUAA